GAGGUGGAGGUGGGGAGCGCGGCCGACGGCUCGGGGAGCCCGGGAAUUCCCUCCUCCUGAAGUAACGAGUCCCGGGCCGCUUCUCUCGCCUUCGCCGGUGCCGGGCGCCCCAGGCUUUGCAGGUGGAGGAGGGAGAGGCUCUCGGCGGGCCUCGCCUCCGCCCGCCGCCCCCUGCCCCAGCCCCGGGAGCUGCGGUAGCAGUGCCUCAUGAGAGCGCGGCCGCUGGGCAGCCUCUGUUGAUUUGAUAAUGGGCUGCAUUAAAAGUAAAGAAAACAAAAGUCCUGCCAUUAAGUAUAGAACUGAAAACACUCCGGAGCCUGUCAGUACAAGUGCCAGCCAUUAUGGAGUGGAUCUCAGCCCAGGGGCACCGGCGGCCGCCAAGGGAGCGUCAGCGGAUUUCAGUAAUCUUUCCAUAACACCGUUCGGAGGAUCCUCAGGGGUAACUCCUUUUGGAGGAGCUUCUUCCUCAUUCUCAGUGGUGCCAAGUUCAUAUCCUGCUGGCAUAACAGGUGGUGUUACUAUAUUUGUGGCCUUAUAUGAUUAUGAAGCUAGAACUACAGAAGACCUUUCAUUUAAGAAGGGUGAAAGAUUUCAAAUAAUUAACAAUACGGAAGGAGACUGGUGGGAAGCACGCUCCAUUGCUACAGGAAAGAAUGGCUAUAUCCCUAGCAAUUACGUAGCACCUGCGGAUUCCAUUCAGGCAGAAGAAUGGUAUUUUGGCAAAAUGGGCAGAAAAGAUGCUGAAAGAUUACUUCUGAAUCCUGGGAAUCAACGAGGUAUAUUUUUAGUAAGAGAAAGUGAAACUACGAAAGGUGCUUAUUCCCUCUCAAUUCGUGAUUGGGAUGAGGUGAGGGGUGAUAAUGUGAAACACUACAAAAUUAGGAAACUUGACAAUGGUGGAUAUUACAUCACAACCAGAGCACAGUUUGAUACUCUUCAGAAACUGGUGAAACACUACACAGAACAUGCUGAUGGUUUAUGUCACAAGUUAACAACUGUGUGUCCGACUGUGAAACCACAGACUCAAGGUCUGGCCAAAGACGCCUGGGAGAUUCCCCGCGACUCCCUGAGACUGGAAGUGAAGCUGGGGCAAGGCUGCUUCGGUGAAGUGUGGAUGGGGACAUGGAAUGGAACCACAAAGGUAGCAAUCAAAACACUCAAGCCAGGUACAAUGAUGCCAGAAGCUUUCCUGCAAGAAGCUCAGAUCAUGAAGAAAUUAAGACAUGAUAAACUUGUUCCACUGUAUGCUGUCGUUUCUGAAGAACCAAUUUACAUUGUCACUGAAUUUAUGUCAAAAGGGAGCUUAUUAGAUUUCCUUAAGGAAGGAGAUGGAAAGUAUCUCAAGCUUCCACAGCUGGUUGAUAUGGCUGCUCAGAUCGCUGGUGGUAUGGCAUAUAUUGAAAGAAUGAACUAUAUUCACCGAGAUCUUCGAGCUGCUAAUAUACUUGUAGGAGAAAAUCUUGUGUGCAAAAUCGCAGAUUUUGGUUUAGCAAGAUUAAUUGAAGACAAUGAAUACACUGCAAGACAAGGUGCAAAAUUUCCAAUCAAAUGGACAGCUCCUGAGGCAGCACUGUAUGGCCGAUUUACGAUAAAGUCCGAUGUGUGGUCAUUUGGAAUUCUCCAGACAGAACUGGUCACGAAGGGCCGAGUGCCAUAUCCAGGUAUGGUGAACCGGGAAGUGCUGGAACAAGUGGAACGAGGAUACAGGAUGCCGUGCCCUCAGGGCUGUCCAGAAUCCCUCCACGAAUUGAUGAAUCUGUGCUGGAAGAAGGACCCUGAUGAAAGACCAACAUUCGAGUAUAUUCAGUCCUUCCUGGAAGACUACUUCACUGCCACAGAGCCACAGUACCAGCCAGGAGAAAAUCUAUAAGUAUCCUGUUUUAUGUGCACAGAGCUGCCAAAAUAUAAAGAACUUACGUAGA